UUAAUUUACACUCCCUCAGGCCUCAAUCCCUCUCUCUCCCCCACCUGCUCAGUCUUUUUUUUAAUUGAAUUUUGAUUAAAAAUACAAACUUUUAUGUGUGCCUUAAUCAGCUUUCAACUUUACUGCUUUUCCCUUCUUUUAAUUUGAAACCCAUUUCCUUUCUUUCCUUUUCUUGGGGUUUCAAUCCGUUUCUUUUUCCUGUUUUGGGUUUUUCUUCUCCAAUCUGACGCUCAAGAUACAAAAAUGGAGAUUUGGGGUUCUGUGUUUUUGUUUCUCUUGCCAUUUUUCUUGUUACAUGUCUGUUUCAGUAAUGCCCAAAUGCCAGGUUUUGUGAGUCUGGAUUGUGGAGGUAAAUUUAGUCAUACCGAUAUGCUCGGUAUUGAAUGGGUUUCUGAUGACCAAUUCAGAUUUGGACAGAUCGCUAAUCUAUCUAUUCCAGAUGAAACACGACAACAAUACAUGUCGUUAAGAUAUUUUCCUAACGAUGACCAAAAGUACUGCUACACUCUAAAUGUUACAAGCAGGACUAGAUACCUGGUGAGAGCGACUUUCUUAUAUGGAAACUUCGACAACAACAAUGUAUAUCCGAAGUUCGAUGUUUCGAUGGGGGCAACUCCCUGGUCUACCAUUGUUAUCUCGGAUGCUAACACUGUUGAGGUUAUUGAAAUGAUAUUCCUUGCUGCGGAGCCAACAAUAAGUGUGUGUCUGUCAAAUGCUACAACAGGGCAGCCCUUCAUCUCUACGCUUGAGCUUCGACAGUUCAAUGGCUCAAUGUAUAUUACUGAAUUCGAAAAUCAGUAUUACAUGAGUGUAUCUGCCAGAAUUAAUUUUGGCGCCGAUAGUGCUGAUCCUGUGAGGUAUCCCGAUGAUCCAUAUGAUAGAAUAUGGGAAUCUGACUUGUUGAAGAAACCAAAUUAUCUAGUUGAUGUUGCUCCUGGCACUGAGACUAGAUCGACAAAGAGGCCAGUCAAUGUUAGCAAAAAUGAUAAACCACCAGAGAAAGUGAUGCAAACCGCUGUAGUCGGAACAAACGGGACAUUGUCAUAUCGUCUGAAUUUAGAUGGGUUUCCUGGUGGCGGGUGGGCUUUUACAUACUUUGCAGAAAUAGAAGACUUGGGUCCUAAUGAUGUAAGGAAAUUUAAGCUCGAGCUUCCAGAUUCACCUCUGGAUUCUAAAGCAGUUGUCAAUAUCCUUGAAAACGCUCAAGGAAAAGAUACCCUCUAUGAGCCUGGAUUUCAGAACUUGACCCUUCCAUUUGUGUUGUCCUUUGAUUUUGUCAAGACCCCUGAUUCAAACUUGGGGCCUCUGGUGAACGCAAUGGAGAUCAAUAAGUACGUGAAGAAAAAUGUCGGUACAUUGGAUGGAUCUACUAUAAAUACGCUGGUUUCACAUUACUUAUCUGCUGAUUGGGCUCAAGAAGGUGGUGAUCCAUGCCUGCCUGUUCCAUGGUCAUGGUUGAAGUGCAGCUCAGAUCCUCAGCCACUUGUAACUGCUAUUCAUUUAUCCAAGAAAAAUUUGACCGGAGAUAUACCUUCCGAGCUGACGAACUUGAGCGGUUUGAUUGAGUUAUGGCUUGAUGGGAAUUUACUGACCGGAUCGAUUCCUGAUUUUAGAGGCUGCCCAAACUUGAAAAUAAUUCACUUGGAGAACAACCAGUUGACGGGUUCAGUUCCAUCAUCCUUGGGUCAGCUGCAAAAUUUAAGAGAACUGUACUUGCAAAACAAUAAGUUAUCGGGAAAAUGGCCAUCAGACCUUGCUAAAAAUGUUAUUACAAACUUUUCUGGAAAUGUCAAUCUUCGUGAAGCGAACGGUAAGAGUACUCAAGUCGGCAUAAUUGUUGGUUCGACACUUGGUGCAUUUGUGCUUUUUAUAGCAACUAUUGUGUCUUGUUAUUUCUUGGGCAAGGUGAAGAACCCUGAGAAAAGAUGUAAUGACCAAGCCCGUCCUGGAAAUGUCCUGCCAUCUCAGAAGCCACCCUCUCCCUUGGAAAGCACUACUACAGAAGCUGCUCAUUGCUUUACAUUCUCGGAACUUGAAGAAGCUACGAAAGAUUUUGAAAGAAAAAUCGGUUCUGGAGGUUAUGGGGUGGUGUACUAUGGUAAACUAAGAGAUGGAAGAGAAAUUGCUGUCAAAGUUCUUACUAGUAACUCCUUCCAAGGAAAACGGGAAUUCUCAAAUGAGGUGACUCUCCUUUCAAGGAUUCACCACAAAAAUUUGGUGCAAUUUCUAGGAUACUGCCAAGAAGAUGGCAAAAGCAUUCUAGUUUACGAGUUCAUGCACAACGGAACUCUCAAGGAGCAUCUAUAUGGUCCUUUAACGCGAGAGCAUGGUAUAAAUUGGAUCCAACGCCUUGAGAUUGCUGAAGACGCUGCAAGAGGAAUUGAAUAUCUUCACAAUGGCUGUGUGCCGUCAAUCAUACAUCGAGAUUUAAAAACCAGUAACAUUUUAUUGGACAAGAACAUGAGGGCUAAAGUUUCAGAUUUUGGUCUCUCAAAACUUGCCGUAGAUGGAGCUUCGCACGUAUCGAGCAUUGUCCGAGGCACUGUGGGAUAUCUCGAUCCCGAGUAUUAUAUCUCACAGCAGUUGACCGACAAAAGCGAUGUGUAUAGCUUUGGUGUCAUUCUGCUGGAGCUAAUAUCAGGGCAGGAAGCGAUAUCUAAUGUAAACUUUGGUGCUAACUGCCGGAACAUAGUUCAAUGGGCGAAGCUGCACAUUGAGAGCGGAGACAUUCAAGGAAUAAUUGAUCCCUCUCUUCGAGAUGAAUAUGACAUACAAUCAAUGUGGAAGAUAGCGGAGAAGGCUCUUAUGUGCGUCCAAGCACACGGCCAUAUGAGACCUUCAAUAUCUGAAGUACUUAAAGAAAUUCAAGACGCUAUCAUGAUUCAGAAGGAAGCUCAAGGAAUUAGAGAAGGCAACUCCGAUAAUAUCUCUCGACACUCCUUGCAUUCUUCCAUCCAAAUGGGCUCCUUGGCUCCGACUGAUAGUCAGUUGGCUAUAGACGAUUCCAUUUCUACGCCUUUACCGCGAUAGAUUUUCUUAUUACUCUUCUUUUGAUUCUUUUUUGGGUAUAUUCUUCUCUAUGGUUCAAAAUUUUGCUUAGACUAGAGAUCGAUAAGAUUUCAGUGCACGUCUUUAAUGCAAACAAGGGUUCUAACGUUAGGUUGUAAAUCGUUUAGGUAUGGACGUUUUUGUGAAGUAGGUUUGUGCUUAACUUUGUGCAUAUACCCUCUUCCGCAAUGCGGUUACAAGUGUGUAUUGUUGAAGUUUACGCAAUUCAUUGAAAAUAGGCAUACCAAUAGCAAGGUUGAAUAGGUUUUCAUUUCGCCGAAAGUAGGUCUCAAACAGCAAAGAUUGUAACUUGUAAACGUAGUACUUUACAUGAUGCUCUUAA